GGAGCGCGCCACAGGCCGGCCGUCCCCAGCCAUGUCGCGCGGCCUCCGGCUCCUGCUCCUGAGCUGCGCCUGCAGCCUGGCGCCCGCGGCGCGGGUGGUGAAGGUGGCUUGUUCCGAGGACGUGGACUUGCCGUGCACCGCCCACUGGGACCCGCAGGUCUCCUACACGGUCUUCUGGACCAAGCUUACAGGCGACUGCGAGGAAAGGAUAGAGAUGCCCCCGGAGGGUCUGUGGUACCACCAGCAGAAGGAUGGCUCCUUAGAAGCCUCCGGUGAAAGGCUGUACUCCCUGAAGAUUGAAAACACUACGAGUGUCGACUCAGGGACAUACAGGUGCAUCCUGGAGGAGCCAGAAGGGCGGAGAAACCAAAGCGGCACUGUGACCUUGAAAGUGACAGGCGAACCUACGAAAGGUCUGCGAGAAGGAUGGGAUAUCCUAAUGCCCGUGCUCUUCACCUUCUCCGUCAUCGCCCAGCUCCCACCCCGGAAAGAGCUUCUCUCAAAUACCGUAGACAAGACAGAGGUCCGGAGCCUGCAGGCUGGCUGGGUGGCUCUCCAACUGGAAUGUUCCAUCAGGGAACAGGCCCGCGUUCUCUCUGGACACGUGACUCUGCCCAAGGCAGCACGAUGA